AUGACUUCAAAUCUUUCUUCAUCUCUCGUGUCCCUUCUUCUUCUCCUCCUAUCCCUCUCCUCCAUUAACAUUAUCACCGCCGCCCGCCCUCCGCAGCAACCAGUGGCCGGGAAUGCGACUGGCCUCAUCGGCGAAUCAUGCAAAGCGUCACGCGACACGUCGGCGUGUGUGACUACACUUUCCCAAUCAGGCGUUGUGCCGGAUCCAAAAAAUGCGACCCUCUUGAGCAUCAUCCAAUUGGCCACGCAGGCAUCCUCGAAGAACCUCACGGCAGCCACGGUGAGUUCCUUGCUGGAUGCCGCGAUGGCUGCCAAGGACGUCAACCUCACGACCGCCGCGAAAGGCUGCCUGGAAGGCCUGAUCAACGCGCAACAGAGGACGAAUGCCACCAUUGAUGCCUUGACGCGUGGCAGGAUGAAAGACGCACGUUCAUGGUUGAGCGCGGCUUUGUCUUACGAAUCCGGGUGCCCCUCCGGGUUGGCGAACGUGAAGCAGGAUUCCGCCACCAACGCCACGGUGGCGACCCUAAACAGUUUAGCUGGCUUGACCAGCAACGCAUUGGCAAUGUUGGUGAACUACGAUAAUUUCGGCGACAAACCCGGAUCAUGGAGCCCCGUCCAGACCGAGCGAAACGGGUUUUGGGAACGGGUUGACGGAUCUGGAUCCAAGCUCGGUUCGGCUUUUCCGGCGGGGUACCCAGUGGGUUGGUAG